UUAAAUAAUUUUUAAGGGGAAUUUUGUAGUUAUGUUCAAUCCGAGUCCCAUAAACGCAAGGUGAAAACGGCUGCAUCAGUAAAAUCCUCAGUGAAAUAGAACUGCUUAUACACUUUAGUUUGAUACCAAGAUGUAGGGAAUAAGGUAACAGUGUACAAGACGGAUGUAAUGUAGGUUUUGUGGCAGCCACACACAGGAGAACGCUGUCCACCCGCUCCCUCUGUCGCUCCGGCGGAAGGAAGGGCCGGCGGCGUCACCGCCACGGCUGCGCACACGGCCCGGCCCGGGCUGCUGCUGUGCUGCUCCCUGCUCCUCCUUCCCUUCCUGCUGCUGUGCUGCUCCCUGCUCCUCCUUCCCUUCCCUUCCUGCUGCUCGUUCCCUUCCUCCUCCUCCUCCUUCCCUCGGGUCCGAUGGCGGCGAGUGACGCGGAAAGGGCCCAGCAGCAGAUUGAUGAAAUUGAAGCCCUUUCAUCAAUCUAUGGUGAUGAUUGGUGUGUUGUUGAUGAAGAUGAAAAAAUCUAUUGCAUUAAGAUUAGCGACUGUCUGGAUCAACCAAAAUGGACCCUCUGUUUGCAGGUGAUUUUGCCACCAGGAUAUCCAACUGCAGAGCCACCUAUUUAUCAACUAAAUGCCCCUUGGCUUCGAGGACAAGAUUAUACAGAACUAGCAAAUAGCUUGGAAGAAAUAUAUGUACAGAACCUUGGUGAAAGCAUACUCUAUUUAUGGGUGGAGAAGAUACGAGAAGUCCUGGUAGAAAAGGCACAGUCUUCAGAUCCAGAACCAGAUAGUAAGAAAACCACUGAAGAAGUUGAUGAAGAUGAUGGAGAUGAUUUUCUCCUGGACUAUCAGCCCAUUCAGGAAGAUCAAAUUAAAAUGUUAAAUUACGUGACAUCUGAAAGUCAAGAAGAUGAAGAGCUGCCCCCCAUACAUCAUGGAAACCCAAUCACAGAUCGAAGGAGCACUUUCCAGGCGCAUUUGGCUCCAGUGGUGACAACCAGACAAGUUAAAAGAGUUCUUGAAAAAUUAUAUGAGAACAAGAAGAUUGCAAGUGCUACACACAACAUCUAUGCAUACAGAAUAUACUGUGAAGAUAAGCAGACAUUCCUACAGGAUUGUGAAGAUGAUGGAGAGACAGCAGCGGGUGGACGUCUUCUCCAUCUUAUGCAGAUUUUGAACGUCCACAAUGUGCUAGUUGUGGUGUCUCGCUGGUAUGGAGGUAUUCUCUUGGGACCAGAUCGUUUCAAACAUAUAAACAAUUGUGCCAGAAAUGUACUUGUGGAGUACAGCUAUGUGCCAUCAACGGAAGAGUCAUCUAGACAAGCUGGAAAGAGCAAAAAGAUAAGGAAGGACAACAAGAAGAGAACAGAACACUAAUUUAUUUUUAAAAAACUUUAAAAUAGUAUUUUGCACAUAUUUAUACAAAAAACCCCCCUGGACCUUACUGCCUUAUAAAAUGUACAUGUUGUAUUCAGAAGAGAGUUCAGUAAAGCCAUAGAUAUAUUUUUAUCUUGUUCUGUGAUUUCUUCUGCUGUUCUGAAGUGGAGCUUAGACACAAGUUUUCUGUUUCUUACACAUGUGAGCUCCUUGUUAUGAGGACAGUGCAGAAUCUGGAACCUCUGCUCCAUCCCACCCCUUCCCACCAAACGACAGCUGACUAAUUGAAAACGUGGAUUUCUCAUCUCCAUUCCUGGAUUCAAAUAUGUGUCUUGUAUUACUAAUUGAAUUCUGUACUGAGAGUGGGACUAGAAUCAUUUAUACACCAGGUCACUUACAAAGUUUUAGAUACUCUUUUGUAUCUAAAAUUGUAUGUUUUCCUUUUGUGAAAGGAAAACAUGGAGUCAGGUGUGGUGUUUGGAGGGCCUGGUCCUGCCUGUGCAGUUCCUGAUCAGAUGCCAGAUGGGGCCUGCUUGACUUACAGAAGACUGAACAUGGGCAGUGAGCUAAGAAAUGUGCUGGAACUACUACAGAAUUUCUUUGAGGAUUGUUCUGUGGUGGUUGGUACUCCAGGAGCCUGUUGAAAAGAUGAGAAUUUUGUGUUGCAUAAUUAAAGGAAGCAGUGAAAUAGACCAUACAGUGAGUGAACAAAAUGAAUCUCCUAUCCUUUAAAGUGUCUGAAAAUGGACCGUCAGAGUGGAAACACAUUUUUAUUUUCAGACAAUUUCUUUCAAAGAGAGCAUGAGGUGUCUUGUGGACACUUUUGGUUAGGUAAAUCACAGUCCCUUCCUGUCUUUGUUUGCAAGCAUUUCCUAAGUUUAAACUUCCUUUAUUCCAAGAAGUAGGUACAACAAGGGAAAGAGAUUACAAAAAUGUCUGACAACAAAUCUUAACUUUUAAAAUUCUGCUGGGACAUUGUUUUUAAUGUUAAACUGAAGCAGCAGUUUUAACAAUUUUUGUUAUCAAAUAUUGUCAGGUUUUUAAGACAUACUGCACACUUGUGGAAGAGUUACAAAUUUCAUUGCCUGGCAAAAGAAAAAAAUAGAAGAAUGAUAGAAUUAAUUUAUACCGAAAGUACAAUUGCCUCUCAUAAAAAUAUGUCAACAAAGAAUCAAACAUGACCAGGAAAGGGUGGAUAGUGGAUUUUCCUGGUUUUGCUUUGUUAUUCUGCAAAUGAAUCAAGAGUACAGCUGAACACAGAUUAGCCAUUACAGAAUUAGAGUUUCCUACAAGGUAGUAUCAGAAUGAUUUUUUUUAUUUUGUGUCUCAAACCUGAAUGAGCAGACCAAGAGUUUUUAUCUGCUCUCUGAUUGGAAUACCUCGUGUUGGGGGUUAGAUUUGCCUCUUUUUCAAUUACAGAAUUUUUUCCCAUAAGUUUCUAAGAAACCCUAAUGACAGUACUUAGCCAGAACAAAGAGAGUAGUUGAAGGACAUGGCAGCACAAGGCUACACCUAUUGUUUUUGAGUCCCUGGGAGUGUCCCUCAGAGGGGAGAGAUGAUGAGCUUUGGGAAAAGUAAAAAGAGCUGGGGGAGGGGGGCUCACUCUUGCUCUCAGAAUCGAGGAAGACAGUCAAGCUGCCCCUUGCUGCAGGAAGAGUUCACGGCCAUCACUCUGCCUCUGUCUUGUCCUGGGAAAUCUAUCGUCAUCUGCUCCUGUACCCGGGAAUCCUGAGCUGGCUUUCUCCAGCCUCCCCCCACCGCCGCUGCUUCUUCGGACCUUUGAGGCUCUCCUGCUGCUCUGUAGCCCUGCACUGCCCAGCCCUGCCGGGACACCCCUGCUGCUCCAGCUGCCAGCGCAGAGCUCCUCAUCUCAUCCACCAGCCCGGGACUUUCCUCCCUUCCAGCUCGGCCUCUCGGAGCCCUGCAGGGGCACCGAGAUCAAACUGCCCCAGGCUUCUGUAAAAGAAAGCCCUCAAGGUUCUUGGCUCUGUUUAUUACUAAUGCUGUAGUUGUUGUUUGUUUGUUGUUUCAUCAUAUAUACUAGUAAAGAACUGUUAU